CGACAGGGAACGGCAUCGCGCCUCUUCUCACAUCCAUCUGAGCGGCUCGCGCACACAGAGCACCAGCAUCACCAGCGCACAACUUCACCGGGAGUCGCAUCCGAGCCUGAAGUUAGAGCCAUGCAACACAGUCGCCAUUUAAACUCCAACCAUUUCUCAUCGACUUCUUUUUAACAACCAGAAAACGACAUUUUCUGUUUCUUUCUUUCUUCUUUCUUUCUUUUUUUUUUUCUUCUUCAUCGGAACAUAUUGUUUUUUUCCCGGUUGAUGCGAGACCUUCUCCGUCAUAUGGAAACGAUGUGGACCUUACACGACUCUGUUGGAUUGGUUUUCUUUUCCUGUUUGUCGAUCCAGAUCGGAUUUUCUCUUCAAGGCAGAUUCACCGAUCUGCCGUCAAACAUCACUGCCAGGGAGGGACAGAACAUUGAGAUGGCGUGCGCUUUCCAGAGCGGCACCUCCUCCGUUUACUUGGAGAUCCAGUGGUGGUUCAUCCGCGCUCCUGAGGAGCCGAGAACGAGCGAGGAGGAGGAGGGGGAGGAGGAGUCGGAGGAGGAGGAGACCGAGAUGGAGCUUAUACCGGAGCCAGACCCAGAUGAUGAAGGAACUAAAAUAAGUACGGUCAAGGUCCAAGGCAAUGACAUUUCCCACAAGCUUCAAAUUGCACGGGUGAGCAAGAGCGAUGAGGGCCUAUAUGAGUGCCGAGUCACAGACGCCAACUACGGAGAGCUAAAAGAGUACAAGGCCCAGGCCUACCUAAAGGUCAAUGCUACAGUCCGUAGAGGACUUAUCAAGAAGACUUCACCUCUGCACCUGACCAAUAAGAAGCCUCGUAAGAACAGCUCGGCUUUAGGCCAAGACAGCAAUGGUAUGAACUCAGACCAACACUCCCAGUCCUCCUCUACCUCUCAGGCAUCACAGUCCAAAACAGUCAAACACAGUGCUGGAUCAGGUACCAGGAUAGAUACGAGCCAUGGACUCACUCUCCUGCUUUUUGCUAGCAUUUGUGUGACGGGAGCUUUGCUAUAGUCUGGGACUCUUUUUCCCCUUCACUGUUCUUUUAAAGCCAAGAGAAAUAUCAUCUGCUAUUUCCAUAGCACGGACGCCACCGUUGCCCCAGUUUUUGCACCCAGUGUUAUAAUUAUCUAUACCAGAAUCACCUUUGGUCAAAAAUAUAAGCCCUAGAGCAUAAGACUGUAUUCUUGGACAUGUAUUUGAUGAUCCUGAUAUUAAAAUUGGAUGGACACGAACUAAUUAUGGACUUCAUCCAGAUAUUAUUAAUAAUUUGGUUGUAUUUUCUUUUUGUUCAUAUCCAGCUGUGAAUUUAAUAUAAGAUGCUCUAAAGCCUGGAAAGAAUUUAUAUUUGUGUAUUAUAUAAAUAUAAAUACAGAUAGAUAUAUAAUGAUAUGAUUUUGAACCUUCUUGGACUCUGUACAGCUUGCAUCCAUCCUGGAAUAUUAUGUGUUCAAGGACACUGAAUUAAAUGUGAAUAUAACAGCACUGACAUUUAAGUAAAUAUUGUGGCUGGAUAGGAGUUCUGCUUAACUAUGUGAUGUUCUGCGCUGUUUAAUCUGCUUUGAAGUUUCCUAAUUUUUCCUGGUUUUUAUGAAGAUUGUUCGUGCUCAAAUGCACAUCCUGUUCCUUUGUUGUUGUAGGGUUUUUGUUUUGAUAUUUUCCUUUUCCUUUGUUUUAUUUUGCAUAAUAAAUGUGAGCUUAUUUCUGUUA